AUGGGACGCGGUCUCCUCCUCACCUCGAACCUGCCACAGCUGCAGAACCUCAUCAAGAGGGAUCCUGCUGCGUACAAGGAGGAAUUCCUGCAACAAUGGAAUCACUACAACAGCAUUCGCCAGAUAUAUCUCAUCAACCCCAACGAACAUGCCCAAAAUUUCCGAGAACUUGUAGCGUUCAUAUCUCAGGUAUCGACUUGUUAUCCCAAAGAGACCGCCGAAUUUCCGUCACAAAUUUCGUUCUUACUUCUGGAGCAUUAUGGUGCUCUGUCGCCAGAUACACGGAAGGCUCUCGUGCAAAAUCUGGUCAUGUUGCGAAACAAGAAUGUCAUAACGUCUGUCGAGUUGCUCAAAACGCUGUUCCCCCUUCUCCCUCGCACAACGUCUUCAUCUCUUCGAGCAUCAAUACGCAAAACUAUCCUCACAGAUAUCAAAACGGCUAACUCACGAACGGCCAAUCACAAGCUCAAUAGAGCCGUCCAAGCAAUGUUAUUUGGCAUGGUUGAGCGGGGCAUGGACGGAGAAGUGCAGGGUGACAAGGGAAAACUCAGAGCGAACAAUUCUGGGCCAACCAGUGACAAGGCAGCGCAUGGAGGCGAAGACGCGAUCUGGGCAAUCAUCCUCACAAAGGAACUGUGGCGGAAAGGCGUUUGGACUGACGCCAAGCCAGUGUCCAUCAUAGCACUUGGCUGCUUCCAUCCUGUCCUGAAAGUGCAGAGCGCUUCUCUCCAUUUCUUCCUUGGUAGCGACGAAGAGAAGGAGGACAGCGACGACGAAGGGGACGACGAAGUUGACGUCAGCGCUCUUCAUCAUCGCCGGGAGAUCAACAAGAAGACUCGCAGCGGUGACAAGAAGCUAAGGAAACAACUGCAUAGCGCAAAAAAGAAAAAGUACGGUAACCAACCGACAUCCAACAACCCCAACUUCCCCGCUCUCCAACUCCUCAAUGACCCCCAAACCUUCGCGGAGAAGCUCUACGAUCUCCUCAACCGCUACGACAAACGCUUCUCCCUCGAACACAAAGUCCUAAUGAUGCAACUCCUCUCCCGCGUCAUGGGCGCCCACAAACUCUGCGUCCUCGAUUUCUACACCUACAUCUUCAAAUACCUGACCUACCAUCAAUUGCGCAUACCUUCCAUCCUCGUUGCUCUCGCGCAGAGUGUUCACGACCUAACGCCCCCUGAUGCACUUACACCUGUGGUCCGGAAGCUCGCGCACGAGUUCAUUCAUCCUGGAGUGGCUAGUGAAGUUGUCGCAGCUGGGAUCAACGCGAUACGGGAGGUGUGUAGGCGGCAACCAUGGGCGAUGGAAGAAGACUUGUUGGGAGAUUUGAUUGAAUACAGGAAGAGUAAAGAUAAAUCCGUCACGGCUGCGGCCCGAGGCUUGCUACAGCUGUACCGAGAUGUAAAUCCCGGUAUGCUGAAACGACGUGAACGGGGCAAAGAGGCUGCGAUUGGGAUGGCCGCGGGAUCCCACCAGCCAUUACCAUUCGGACACAGUGCGGACGCUGCUGUCGACAUCGCAGGUCUUGCGCUGCUGGAGGAUCAUCUUAAGCAAUUACGCGAAGAAGAUGGGGUUGAAGACAAAGAAGACGACGAAACUGCUUGGGACAACUGGGACGUUGAGUCGGAUUCAUCAGAUAGUGAGUCUGAAAGCGAGGGCUGGGUUGACGUUCAGAGUGAGGGAGGAAGCGAUAUCGAAGUCAGCGACUCGGAAGAUGAGAAAGAUCCGGAGGCGAAAUUAGAGAAGGAAGUGGAUCCUGCGGACCGCAUAUCAACACUGGCUACAACCAAAAUCCUUACUCCCGCUGACUUUGCUCUGUUACACGAUCUACGGCUACAAGCCGCCGCGAAAGCGGUUGAAGCUGGGGGCGGCAGUAAAGCGAAGAGAAAACUAGCUGCUCUUGAGGCAGAGCGCAAGGUUGCUCGAGAGGGCGCGAACGAAGAGGACACCUUCAUCUCCGAGAACGACAUCCUGGGUCCUCGAAAGAAGGCGAAGGCUGACUACGAAGAGCGCAUGGCCUCUAUCCAGAAGGGACGUGAGGGCCGCGACAAGUUCGGAUCGAGGAAAGGCAAGAAAAACAAGGAGACCGCCAGCUCUUCAACGAAUAGGGAGAAAGCGAGGAACAAGCCCAUCAUGAUGAUUCUCAGUAGCGGAGCGGUGAAAGGGAAGAAAAAGAGGAGUCUCCGGGAAAAGCAACAAAAGUUGCGCGCACAUAUAAAUCUGGCAAAGAAGUCCAGAUAA